AUUUUAAUGCCUGCCUAUAAAAAUAAUUUGGAAGUACUAAUAAAACAGGAUACCAAAUAAGGUAUGGGUCUAAUAGAUCAUGAAUAAACUGACACUUUUCAUAUGUGGAAAUUUCGAGGUGGGUCGACAACCAUUUAUGAAGAAAGUAUAAUCUCUUCAUAUGGCAGAUUCAGUUUACUUUGAGAGUAAUGAUACAUAGAGUAAUAAAAAGAUACUACUGAAGGUGAACAAAUAAAGUAAGUUGUUUUAUCAAGAAUUCAAAUAGCAAAUCAAUAUGAAAUCAUGUUAUCUGUGGCUCAACCUACAUUUAUUGUUGUAAAAGACAUUAAAUCAGCAAAAGGAUCUGAAUAUCCAAUUGUAGCCAAUUCAAUUAUUCGUCUAGGAAGAGUGUACUUAUGUUUACUCAUUUCUGUUAGUGAAUAUAGAGUCUUUGAAGAGAGAAAUACUCAGAUGGAAAUUUUACAUGCUCCGAUCAAGAAUCAGGAUUGGCAAUAAAUAAAUGAUAUCAAUAAAGUUUACUAAUGCAGAUUCUGUUUCAUGGAAGGCAAUUAAAAUAGGGAUUAGUUGUUUUUAACUAACAUUUGCAAAUGUGCAGGCAAUAGUCAGGCUGUGCAUUUAGAAUGUAUGCGUUAUUGGGUAGACUCUAAUAUCACAAGUGAGGAGACUCAAUUUGGAUUAUCAUUGAAAUGGUAAACAGAACCAUAUUUAAUAAUAGGAAGAAGCAACACGAGUGCACUAUUUGCAAGGAAAGCUUACCUCUAAGAGUUCAGUUCGAGAAUGAAUAUUUCGAUCUAUUCACUCUUGAAAGACCUGAAUUGCAAUACAUUCUAGUUGAAGUAAUCCAAUAUCUCUUAUUCAGAAUGUCAAUAAGGAGAAAAAUGUUUGUUGCGAGAUCUAUCUGAUACAUGCUCUUUUACAAGACAACAUUAAAUUAGUAAGUCUUUAAUUAGCUAUCAUCCAAGGGUAGAGGUUUCCAAUGCGAUAUCAAGGCAUAGGAUAUAACUGUAUCUCGACAUCAUGCCACAAUCAAGUUAUCCAAUAACAACUUUGUCAUCGAGGAUAACAAGAGCAGAUUCGGAACUUUAGUCUCUAUCAACCAAAAGUGCGAAAUUGAUUGUGCUGCUUGUGGUUUCUAGAUAGGCAAAUUGCUCAUCAAUCUUAAUUAACAAGAUUAAAUUCUUAAAGGUACUAUGUUGUGUCAUCAUCAAAGGAGCACCAUCAACUUAGCACAAAUUGACUUAAUUACCACAAAUUAGCAAACAACUGGAAGAAGAUGAACCACAAAUGGAUGAUGACUCAUUUCAACUGGAAAAUAAAUGA